UGCUGGUGUCGAUUGGAGGAGGAUGCCUCUGGAACCCGGGAUGUCCUCCCUUCUCCUGGUCCUUUUUCUGAGUCACGGAGUAACAAGCCAGAGUGAUUUGCAUCCAUUGUUGCAAAAGAUGGCGGAGGAAAUAAUAGAGGGAAGCUAUCUGAAUGCGCUGCUGGAUCUCAUACAGUUUCAAAGCUCCCAAGCAUGGACGGCAGACCUGUCCCACCAAGUGCUGGCCUAUCUGAAUUCGCGGAAUGUUGCUUUCACCAUCCCCAGCCUGCAGGCAGCCAUGGAGAAUUAUCUGGAGCAGCGUUUGUACCAGCCCCAGAAACUACUGCAGGACCUGAGGAAGACUGAUGGCCAGCAAUUCCAUACCGCCAUGAAGUGUCUCUUAGAAGACAAGAAGGAUCACUUGGACCUGAAGGACAUCGUCAUUGACUUGGGAGCGAUUCGGGAACAAGCCUUGCAGAGCCCUGGCCUGAACCGCACCCUGUUUCUGGUCACGCUGGAGAGGUGUUUCCAGGUGUUGAACUCCCUGGAGUGUGUGGAGAUCCUGGGCAGGGUACUGAGGGGCUCCUCAGGCAGUUUCCUCCAGCCGGACGUCACAGAGAGGCUGCCCCAGGACCUGCGCGAGGACACCUUUAAAAACCUCUCCGCCGUGUUCAAAGAUCUCUAUGACCAAACCCCGGCUCGAUCUCAGCGGGCGCUCUACUCCUGGAUGACCGGGAUCCUGCAGACGGCCUCCAACGCCACUGAUGACUCUGUUUCAUGGGUCAGUGCAGAAAAUUUAUGGAUUUUGGGCAGAUACAUGGUUCAUCUAUCAUUUGAGGAAAUUAUGAAGAUCAGUCCUGUCGAGAUUGGGCUGUUCAUCAGUUACGACAAUGCCACCAAGCAGUUGGACACGGUCUAUGACAUCACCCCCGAGCUGGCCCAGGUGUUUCUGCAGAGGAUCAGCUCCUCGGGCUUUGACGUGAGGAACGUCUCCACCAUCCACAGGUUGGGGCUGCUGGUUUGUUUCUAUGAUGACCUGGAGCUGCUGGACGCUGCCCUGGCCCAAGUCCUCCUGCAUCAGAUGAUCAAGUGCAGCCACCUGCGGGGCUUCCAGGCCGAGGUUCAGAAGCUCAAAGCUGACCUCCUGGACAUCGCCACAGAGAACCAGACUCUCAACGAGACCCUGGGCUCUUUGUCGGAUGCGGUUGUGGGUUUGACCUGCAGUCAACUGGAAUCCCUCUCCCCAGAGGCUGUGCAUAGUGCCAUUGCCACCCUUAACCAGGUCUCAGGCUGGGCCAAGAGCCAGGUCAUCAUCUUGUCUGCCAAAUACUUGGCUCAUGAAAAGGUGCUGUCCUUCUACAACGUCAGCCAGAUGGGCGUGCUGCUGGUGGGGGUCGGCACCCAGGCCUUCUACGGCAUGGACCGCAAGGACCUCCUACAGGUCCUGAGAAGCACCAUCUCCCAGCACCUGUCCAAUCUGUCGCCUGCUCAGAAGCAAGGUGUCCUCAGCAAGAUGAUCGAAGUAGGCGACACCACCUCAGGCAUUGUGGAAAUACAAGGGACUCUCUUUAAGGAAGUGUCUCUCUUUGAUUUACGGAAGGAAUCCCGAUUCAACUCUUCAGUUCUGAAAGAGAAGGAGCUUCGAAGGAGCCAGGCCUUGUUCCUGUAUGAGCUUCUGUCAAGGACAACUGGGAGGCCUGAGGAGCUCCUGAGUGCUGGACAGCUGAUCAAAGGCGUGACGUGUUCUCACAUUGACGGCCUGAGCGCUGACUCCUUCCUGGCCCAUUUCCGGUAUUUUGAGAACAACCUUUCCCUGCUUUCCCUGGAUCAGGUUAACUGUUUGGCAUGGAAAUACUGGGAAGUUUCCAGGCUGUCUAUGCCGCCUUUCCUCUUGGCUGCACUCCCGGCCCGCUUCCUGGCUUCUGUCCCAGUGUCCCAGUGCGUGCCUUUUCUGAUCAGCCUGGGGAAGAGUCAACUAGACUCCCUGGUUUUAGAUUCCCGCAAAAAGGAUUUGGUCCUCAGGAAAGUGCAACAGUGCCUGGAUGAUUCCCUUGCUGACGAGUACACUGUGGACAUCGUGGGGAAUCUGCUGUGUCAUUUGCCAGCGACCAUCAUUGAAAGCAGGAUCUCCCCCAGGGCCUGGGCCGCCGCUCUGCAUGGCCUCAGAGACUGCUCAGACCUCAGCCCUGAGCAGCAGGCCGCGGUGAGGCUCAGGCUGCUGGAACAGUGCGGACUUCCUCAGAACUGGACGGCUGAGACUACAAAGGACUUGGGACCUUUUCUAGUACUGUUCUCAGCAAAUGAAUUACGCCCUGUUGCCACAAAGUUUCCUGAUAUCCUUCAACAAACAGCCUUCAAGAUGGCUGGGGUCCUGCUCCCUAAAGAAUUCCUCUGGGCUGUCUUUGAAUCUGUUCGGAACAGCAGUGAGGAGAGCCCCAGUUUUGACCCCAGCCCUGGUUGCCAUGGAAUCGCAGCUCCCUCCUCUGAGCACAUCUUUAAGUUGGCUGAGGCCAAUGCCUGCUGGACCCCCGAGGACCUCCUCUGCAUGGAAGGAGGCACUUUCAUCAGGAGCGUGGAGCUGCUGGGGGCUGUCAGGGGUUUCAGCCAGCCUCAGCUGUUGACCCUGAAGGAGAAGGCGAUUCAGGUUUGGGACAUGCCUUCCUCCUGGAGAGAGCACCAUGUCGUCUCCCUGGGGCGCAUCGCCCUGGCUCUUAAUGCGAGCGAGUUGGAGCAGCUGGACCUCAGCUCCAUAGACACUGUGGCUUCCCUGAGCCAGCAGACAGAAUGGACCCCAGAACAGGCUAAAUCCAUUCUGCAAGGGUUCCUGGAGGAUUCAGGCUAUGGUGUCCAGGAUCUGAAGAGCUUUCAUUUAGUAGGGCUUGGUGCCAUCCUGUGUGCUAUGAAUGUCACUGAAAUUCCACUUAUAAAGAUCUCAGAAUUCAGGGCGGUGGUGGCCAGAAUUGGGACCCUGAUCUGCAGCCCUCAUGUCUUGGCUGAGUUCAAGAGGAAGGCAGAAGUAGUGUUUGGGGAUCCCACGGAAUGGACCAGCUCCGUCUUGCAGGAGCUUGGGACCAUUGCAGCUGGAUUAACUAAGGCAGAACUCCAAACGCUUGACAAGGAAUUGAUGCGGUAUUUCCAGCCAUCAGCAAUAAAAUGCUUUCCUGAUGAGAUAUUCAAAGAGCUGUCCCCGGAGCAGAUCGCUUCCUUGGGUCCGGAGAAUGCCGCCGCGGUGACCCACGCCCAGCGCCUGCAGCUCAGCACGUCACAGCUGCAGAGCCUCCAGCGAGCACUAGAUGGCGCCAAGGCUCACUCCUGGCAGGACGUGCCCGCCAGCGCCAGCCCCACCGGGACGUCCUCCGCAGGUUCUCCCCCAGGAGCGCCCAUGGCCUGGGGUCUUUGGCUUGGGGCCCCCCUGCUGCCUCUAAUGACUGACCCUCUGUGGUGA